UUCGGUUUUGUGUAAACUGUUUGUCGAAGUUUGCCCGCUCUACGAAAUGUCGUUGACUAAUUCAGGUUCAGAUAAUCUGAUUAUCUUGCCGACCUUGCCAGAGGGAUUCGCGUACUGUUUGGAGACCUCCCAAUCAGCACCAUCCGAGCCAGCAACUAAUUUCGUAUUUAGAUUGAACAUCUUCGCAACCCGAACCACUGGAAGUGAUGUAAAAGUGGAAGAUGGUUCCAGUGAGAACAUGGUGCAGGUUCCAGGAAUCGCCCCAAAUGUAGAAGCCGAGACUCCAAUUGUCAACGGAACUGUUGUGAAGCAUGAGUCCUCGGUUGCAUCAGUAGACGAAAGAGUUGAAAGUGGUUCCGGUGAGGACAUGGCCGAGGCUCCAGGAAUUCUCCCAAGUGUAAAAAUCGAAGCUCCAAUUGCCAACGGAGUUGUUUUGAAGAAUGAGCCCAUGAUUCGCGUCCAGAACAAUCCGAUUCCCGACGAAAGUAUUGACGUCAAGACAUUUGUGCUCUGUGACUUUAAAACGAGAGAUCGUGAUAAAUAUUCUGAGAGGACUGCUUCAUUACUGUAAAUAUGCAAUUAAAAAGAAAAACACUAGUACAACGAGAAUUCAACUUUUCAUUAUUACCGAUACAGAGUGUAGUUAGAGAGUGACAGACAUUCGGGACCCAAAGGGGUGGGGCGCAAAAGAGACUAUUUGUGUCGAUUCACGAAAUGAUGACAACGAGGAAAACUCUGUAAAUCGACCCAAAUCGUCUAUUCCUUUGGGUCUCGAAUGUCUGUCACUCUCUAACUAUCUUCACUCUCUGUACCGGUAAUAGUUCAAUAACAUGACUGUCAAGAAACAACGCUUAAAAAAUUUGUAAAUUUUGAAUGAAUAAUGAACAGAUGGUUAACA